AUGGCAGAAGCAAAAGAAGUAAAGUAUGAAAAGGAGACUAGAAUGACUGAUGUGGCACAUGAGAUUAAUGUCAAAUGCGGAAUCCAAAUCAAAGAGGCGUUGCAACUUCAGCUAGACAUUCAGCGUCGUCUUUAUGAGCAACUAGAGGUUCAGCGGAAGCUGCAGCUACAGAUAGAAGAACAAGGGAAGCAACUAAAGAUUAUGCAUAUUUCACUUUCACUUUUCUCUUUCUUCCAUCUCCGGCGAUCCAUCUCCGGCGAUUCCAUCUCCGGCGACGUCGCCGUUCAUCUCUCCGUCUCUGUUAGCUCCGAUCAAAACGAGCUCCACAUUCUCACUCAUUUCAACAGCUCGUUCCGUCUGCAGUCGGUUUCCGAAGCCUCAGGACUUAGCUUGCAUGCUAAGGCGUACGUUUUGAUUUUUGUUUACUGUCAAUUUCAGGUUAAUCGUUGCUUUGAGUUUGUCAAGGGAUCUUAG